ACAAGAAGACACCUUGCUGCUGUCGCCACUUCAGGCCAAGCCAUGGACCCCCCUGAGAUGUUUGUCAAGGACCCAUAUGCCCAUGUCAGCAUCCCGAGGGCUCACCUGCGGCCCGAGCUGGGGCAGCAGCUGGAGGCGGCUCCAUCCUCCUCGGAGUCGCAGCCUCUGCCCGUGGGGUCUUGCACCCUGGAGCCUACCGAGGAGGCCCCAGGGCCCAAGGGUGCCAAGGGGGCUGCCUCCAACCAGGGCCAGCAGGCCUGGCAGCAGCCCUGCACCCCCGAUGGCAGUGGGCAGCACCAGGCGGGACUGACCUACACUGGCCUUUCGCCGACGGGGCGUGGCGACAUCGCGCCUCACUGCUGCUGCUGUCCCUGCUGCUCCUGCUGCCACUGCCCCCGCUUCUGCCGCUGCCGCAGCUGCUGCUGUGUCAUUUCCUAGCCUGGCCCCUGGGCCGCAGGGCCUGCUGUGGGGCGCCCCCGCAUGGCAAGCCCGGGCCUCUGCUCAGGUGGCCACAGCAGUGCCUGGACAGUUGGAACAGC